AAAUGAUAUGCCGACUUAGUCUUUUGAAGAUGCUUAUAGAGGUAGAGUGUGUGCAUGUGCGCUUAUAGGAGUGAGUGUAUGUGUGUAUAUGUGAGCAUACUUGUUUGUAAUGUGUUCAGAAAAGAAAGAUUGGGAAAUACCAUAAAACCAGCAAAUGGGGCCCACCGCCCACGUGGUGGCUGGACAGCGUAAAACAAAGGGAAGGACCUAACUGCAAAACAUCAGGCACUCGUCAUAUAAUAAAGCAAAAAUAGGCAGACGGACGGAUCGCCGGACCAGAUGGACGUCAGGAUCGUGGGACCAGACCCAAAGCUGUUGAUGGGGCCCACAUGCGAUCGACGCGUCAAGCACCACCUGCACUCUCGCCGCAGCCACACUAUAUAAGGAUACCGCGAGCCCGCUCUUCAUUAUCGCUCAAUCACCUUGCAAAUUUUUCCGACCCAAAGCUGUUGAUACUGAAGUCAGAGAAUCGAUCAGGUCCCGUCCGAAAAGGAUUUUUUUGAUUCGAAAAAGAAUCGAUCAAGUCCCGUUCUUGGGCCAGCGCCAGCAGCAGCAAGCGUAGAUACGCUGUACGCAGAAACCAUCCCAUUCCCAUGGCUGAGCGCUUCCCGACGGUGACGAUGGGGCGGGUGGCGAUGGGGCAGACCGAGGAGCGCAUCUACAGGGACGACGUCAUCGCCCAAGACCACGGCAACCACCGCAUGGAGGCCGUGAUCAUGCCACAGCCAAUCAAGGACACCUUCUCCAUCCUGUUCGGCGGCGACAUUUACGAGAUUGCUGGAGUCGUGGCCACUGAGCUGACCGGCGUGGAGGCCGGCGAGCAGACGAGCGGCGGCCUCGUGGUUCCCAUCAACUCUGCGCCUGCGCCUGCGCCUCCAGAGGUACUACCUGAGACCAGUUACUUCGUCGUGACGUACUUCUCUUGGCGACAAAUUUUCGUGUUUUGACUCUUUUCUGGAACUUAUUCGAGAUUUGAUCCUAGUUUAAUUUUUUUUAAGAUCUGAACCUUUUGCUAUCGCCAGAGUCCAUGGCGGUAGGGUCUAACAGCCUACCGUCAGGGACUUUGGCGGUAGGAAACAUCGCUACCGUGGCGGUAGCCUGCACAACCCUACCAUCAAGGUGCUUGUCGGUAGGCACGAGCACACACUGUGUUCAAUACUUAGGAGGUUUUCGGCGGUAGGGCAUGCAACCCUACCGCCAGGGACCUUGGCGGUAGGCUGUUAUGCCCUACCGCCAUGGUCCCUGGCGGUAGCAAAAGGGUCAGAUUUUGAAAUUUUUUCAAACUAGGGUCAAAUCUUGAAUAGGUUUCAGAAAUGGUCAAAACACGAAAUUCAGCCUCUCUUGGCUUGAUUGAUUCUUGAGAUCCUCCAGCAUACGUGCAAUUUUUGUGAUUGUUAAUAUUUUGAACCGUUCUUUAUUUCAUUUUUCACUUGAUUAUGAUCUAAUUAUAAUUUGCUAGAAAUCGAAUGACAGUCCUGAAUCCCACCCGGCCGGCACAUAGUUUGUUCCUGGUAGUUUCUCAUGGUAUAAUCCAGGACUGUGUGAACACCUAUUUGUUAAUCAAAAACAGAUUUUUAAUUUUCAUAAAUUCAGAGACAAUUAAGAAAAUGUUCAUCGUGUAGAUGUGAACUAUGCAUGUGAAUACUUUUGUUUGGGCAGCUUCUCAUUUGUAAGCUAUACAGUAAACAGCACAAACAUCUGGAAAUCCUGUUACAGAUUCACAAUUUUAUCUUUUCUAGCCUAUGUAUUUUAUAUGAUAUUAUGCCGAGAUAUGAGGAACACAUGGGCAUGUACUAGUACACAUCAAAACGUCUCGUAACUUUCCGAUUAAUAUAUUAUCAUGAAAUUUACAUAAAAUAACGAGCUCACUUGAGUACGUUAUACAAAUUUAUGAACUCUUCUUCCAAUAAACUAUUGAUUCCAUUCACUUUCUUCCCCAAUUUAUUCUUGGGCACAUUUAACUCGAUCCGUAACCCUUCACCGGGUUUAUGGGAGAACACAUGGUUGAAAAUUCUACAAAAAUACAUAUGUGAGGCUGGUUGGUUGGAGUAUCACGUACAUAUACAUUUAGCUUUAAGAAUUGCAACUCCAACGGUGCGUUAGGAAGGAUCUUCCUUUGCUUGAUAUACCUGAACCCCAAGUGUUUGGUCUUUCUGGCCAUGGAUGGCGUCCAUCUGAUCAGAGCUGGGUGAAGGUUAACAUGGAUGGCACACUGAACUCUGAGAAAAGCACGGCAGGGGCUGGUGGUGUGGCUCGAUCUGCCACAGCUUUGUUGGGUGCUUGGUGCAAACCCCAUGUUGGGGGUUACUGGUCCGAUGAUCGUUGAGGCCUUAUCACUGAGAGAUGGCAUCAUCUUUGCAAAAUUGAGAGAAUACUCACAUGUGAUAAUGGAAACAGAUUGCCUGGAGGUGGUGAACCU